AUGUCCUCCCACGAACCAAAAGAGUUAGCCGUGCUGGCGUUCUGCUUCCGGAAGAUAGACGUCCUCGGCUUUUCGAUCUGGGGAAACCGGAACAAGAACUGGAGGCAGCCCCGCAGAGCUCAGUUUUCACCCGGCUUCAGCUCUGACAUGGAAGGUGGAAGCAGUCUUGAAGGCGGAACAAAGAGCGUCGCCGAGCAAGGGAGGCCUGGGCAUCUGGGGCUGGUGUUCUGGCAAGCCCUGGGCCAGUUUCCGCUCCAUUUUGUGCUGGAACUUUUCCACGAGCCCUCGUCCUUCCCACAGGGAACAGCUGGCUCCCUGGCUGGGUGCCAGGGCCUCUUUGGGAUGGCAGCCCGGAGUGAGGCUGCCGGGAACCCAUCCCUCUGGAGCAAGAGUUUUGUCUGUCCCUCUGCUGAGCACUUCAUCUUUCUGUAUCAAGUGUCAUCUGGUCAUUCAGUCACUCAUAAUGUGCAGCUACUCGUCUGGAACCACUCCAGCCUGAGCCCCGUCCAGCAGUACACAGAGCACCUCGCGGCCGUCAAAGCCAUCGCCUGGUCCCCACACCAACACGGGCUGCUGGCCUCGGGGGGCGGGACAGCCGACCGCUGCAUACGUUUCUGGAACACACUAACCGGGCAGCCGCUGCAGUGCAUCGACACCGGGUCACAAGUCUGCAACCUCGCCUGGUCCAAGCAUGCCAACGAGCUGGUGAGCACUCAUGGAUACUCGCAGAACCAGAUUCUCGUCUGGAAGUACCCGUCCUUGACUCAAGUAGCAAAGCUGACCGGGCACUCGUACAGAGUCCUGUACUUGGCAAUGUCACCCGAUGGAGAGGCCAUUGUGACUGGUGCUGGGGAUGAAACGCUGAGGUUUUGGAAUGUCUUCAGCAAGACCCGCUCAACCAAGGAGUCUGUAUCAGUCCUUAACCUCUUCACCCGGAUACGGUAAAGCCCACCGAGAGACUGUUGGGUGGGUGGCGGGGGAGGAAAAAAACCACUAACUUGAUGUGCAUGGAGCCUGAGAUCAUUGUCUGGGGGGGGAGGGAUGGGUAGGGGGAAAAAAUGCAAUGUCGAUCUGUUUCAGAAGACCCUGGAGAUGCCUAUUAAACCACCUGAAUGUGAA